AUAACACUCAGGGGGGCACGCCAUCACUCACCAUCAUCAAGAAAAAAAAGGAAAAAUCGCGUUUUUUUGGCGCUUUAUUUUAAUUUUUCGUAAAAAUGCCUCCGAAAAAACGCGAAAAGGAAAUUGAACCUCCCAAGAAUCCACGCAUCGAUCAUAUACAGGCGGAUCAUGAGCUCUUUUUACAAGCUUUUGAAAAGCCUACACAAAUCUAUAGAUACUUGAGAACAAGACAUAUGUGUUCGCCCAUAUUCCUAAACCGUAAUCUAACAUAUAUGAGAGAAAGAAUGUCUAGAACAAACAAAAAUAGAAGAAAUUUCAAAAUAGAUAAUCUACUCGAAAUAACCAAAAAAGCCCUAACCGAAAAAAAGGACAUUCUACUACAACCCGGCUACAUUAAUUUAACAUUCCUAGGAUUCAACAGCACCACAUCGAAUUACGAGUCUGAUUUUGCGCACGUCGAAACGGUGCUGCUUAAAAUAACCCACAACAAACGCAAAGAUUCUUCAGCAACAAGCAUGCAAAUUACUCUAGGCACUGCCGACGUUCCUAUUAAUCCUCUAGGCCAUUUGCCAUUAACUGCCCCAACAAUCAGUAUUCCGACUGACACUUUUAAUAGCGCCAAUGGGCCUUUAGUUAAAAGUUUCAUUUUACUAUUUAAAGUCAAAGUCAACGUUGACAUUGAUAAUAAUACAGAUUCGGAAGAGCCUCCAUUGAAGAAACGCAAAACUAAUGGGGAAACUAUGAAGCUAUACACUGCUGAAUUAACUAUUUACGAUAAACAUAACCGUUGCUGCCUCACUGAUGGUGAUUACGAUAUUGUAGUGCAAGAAUUUGCCAAGAAUUUAUCAAAAAGUGUUCAUAAAAAGCAUUCCACUUGGGAAAACGUUAGCGACUUAUUAGAAACUUGCAAUAGCAUUGAUACUUUUUUAAAAGGGGCUAUUUUAAAAUUUAAAUUGAAUUGGAGCAAUCAGGCUACUGCCAAACUAGUAGACAGGCCCAAACUAUAUCCGUUGGACAAUAAGGAAAACAACGGAGCCUUAGCUAAUGCAGACAAUAAGGAGGACAAGAUAAAAAAACUAGAAAUUGUAUACCAAUUUGUUUAUAAUAAUAAUUCAAGGCAACAAACCGAGGCUUCUGAGGAUUUACAUUGUCCUUGGUGUUCUGUAAAUUGUCACGCCCUUUACACCUUAUUGAAACAUUUAAAAUUGUGCCACUCUAGGUUCACUUUCACUUACGUACCAAUGGGUAAUAGGGCUAGGAUUGAUAUCGCUAUUAAUGAAAUGUAUGAUGGCAGUUAUACAGGUUCUCCUCAUGAUCUCAUAACGUCAUUUUCAAGAAACGGUCCUGUACGUAGGGCUUCGGUAACGCAUAUUUUGGUUUGUUACCCUAAAAGGCCUAAACCUAGUUUGUCUGAGUUUUUGGAACUGGAUGAUUGUGAAUAUGAUGGGCAAAGGCCUUUUAUUACUGGUCAUAAUAGAUUGUAUCAUCACACAAACACAUGUCUACCAAUCUUUCCCAAAGAAAUGGACUGCGAUUCUGAAGGCGAAAACGACCCGGAAUGGCUCCAAAACAAAACCAGGAUGAUGAUCGACGAGUUCACGGACGUUAACGAAGGCGAAAAAGAACUGAUGAAAAUGUGGAACUUGCACGUGAUGAAGUACGGCUACGUGGGCGACUGUCAAAUACCUCGAGCCUGUCAAAUGUUUGUCCAGCAAAAAGGCAAAGAGCUACUGCUCAAAAACCUAUACAGAAACUUUGUUCUGCAUCUAACUUCAUUGUUCGAUUUUGGAUUGUUAAGUGCAGUGUGUCUUUACACCACCCUGCAAAAGCUCCAGCAAAUGAUGGGCGAAUCAGAAGCAAUAAAAACAGUUUUGAAACAAUCGAGACAAGCUCAAUUGGACGCUCACAAGUUGUACAAAGCCAACCCUUUGCAAUCGCCGCAUCCUUCAGAAAAACAACCGUCUACUUCCAAAACGACACCCCAAGCUGGCAGGAAAACUGGCAACAUAGGAUUGCAGAGGCGCGUCAAAGGCGGCCCUGACGGUUUGCCUACUAGGAGAAAAAGUGUUUGUGUUGAGGGGGCGCCUACUAAGAAACGAUUGAGUUUGAAUAAAGCCAGUUAGAACUUAUUUUUUUUUUUUUGAAUUUGGCAACAACGUAAUUUGACUUUUUUUUUUUGUAAUGUAUUCUUACCAAAACUGUUACUGUUAGAUUUUUCAGAUAUUUAAAAUUUGUAAUUUUUAGGCAAAAAAUUAAUUUUUGACAUUUGCCUCAUAUACAAAAUAACGUAAAGGUUUAGAAUGCGAGGCAAGAAAAACAAUAUUGCCGAUAAUGUAAAAAUGUAUUCUUUUUUUUUUCAAAUUAAUUAGUAUUUUUUUUUAGUGUUAAGUUGUAUAUACACUUCAUUUUACACAAUGCAGACAAAAAAUGUUUUUUUUUUUAUUAUUUUUUGUUAUGUUUCUAGGUUUAGUUUUUUUCUUUUUUAAUUUAAUUAUACAACAAUAUAUAAUAGUGUGUGACUUUAAAAGUGUAAUUUAUUUUCUAAUAAAAAUCAAAUGUUCAAUAAUUCUUCUUUAAUGGGGUUUGAACCACUUGGGAAAUUGUUUUGAAUCGGUAACGAUUUUUCUUUCACUGCUGUCAGCGCUGGCACUGGUGCUAGCACCGUAAUUAACAAUAUUGCUGUGAUCAUCUGAUGUGUCCAUGAACGAUUCUUCUUCUUCAGGCUCUUCAAUGUUUCUUGUAUUUUCGUGCCUAAAUAUUUCUCAUUAUUUUAAUUUUUAUUCUAAUUUGAUUAUUACCUUAUUCUAGCUGCAGCCAAACUGGCUACACUGUUUGUAGUGAACAUAUUUUGCAAUUCCUUCUUCAAAAAAUCAUCUUUUUGUUCUAAAUUAGUACCAAAAUACAAUAAAGCGCCUGGCACACAACCAAUUUCAAUCAGUCUACUUUCUUUUUGUAAAAUUGCCUUUGGUGGUGUAGAAUCUGAAAACAAAAACAAAUUGGUUUCAAUGGAUAUAAAAAAAAAAAUUCAUCAACUUACAAAUAUAAAAAUCAAUGUUUUGAUCCUCCAAAUAUCCUUUUACAAAAUCCAAAACGUCUCGUACAGUUUCGGUAGGCUUAAAAGUGCCUUGCACUACAGUGCGAUCUGGAAAUUGCACUCUAAUUAUGGCACGUUUAUACCUACAACAAAACACCAUUGAUAUAAAAUUUAUUAAAUAAAACUUGUAGUUACUUGUUCAAAUUCCUCAGUUGUUUUUUGGACUCCUCCAAAGUCCUCAAUUGUGAAGUUUUCAAAACUUGAUUUUCCAGUUCGUGCCUCUUCUUUUUGACAUCUCGCAGAAUUUUUUUGGCAUCAUCUAUUGUAAGGUCGAAAAAAUCGUCUGGUAGUUCUUCGGAUGGUACUGAAUGGGCUGAUUCCAAAGAGAAGAUCAUUCCAUUUCUUUCACCACACUAAAACUAUCUAAUUAUUGAUUUUGCAAAAAAAAAAGUAUAAGCGUACAAAAACAAAUUCUUCCUCAAUGCUUUUUUGUGGUACAUUCUUUGUCAUUUUCUUUUUACCUUUGAUGUCAGGAUUUUUUUGAUUCUCUGGAGAUUUUCGUUUUUCUUUGGCCAACUUCAAAAUAUCCACUGUAGUAUUUUUGACAUUUUUUUGCGGUUGUAUUUGGGAUUUUUCCUCAGAACUUCCCAACUUAUUUCCUUUACCAUAAUUGUACCAACUUUCAUUGUUAUCCUUAUGAGAUUCAUUUGGUAAUUGCGUAGAAGGAUUAUCAACAGAUUGUUGUUGUUUAGAAGGAUUAUCAAUAGGUUGAAAUUUUCUUAUGUAAGGUUUUUCUUCCACUGGUUUUGAUGGUAGUAGAGCGCUUAUGUUAGCUUGUUGAUGUAAAAGUUUUGGAUCUCUAUUUAGGACUCUUAUCAUUGCUCUGCCUCCUACCAAACCCAAACUUCUUAAAGUGCAAUUUUCUAAUUCUCGUCCAUAGAUUUCUCUUCUAGUAUAAAUUACCACAGGAUUUUUAUCGGGACUGGAGUUUUCUGGACAAAGCUUAUUCAGGA